UGUUGCCGCUGAUUGGCUGCUCGCCUGCUGCGGCUCCUCGGAGCAGACGGACAAACAUGGACGUCACAUGUGAGAGAAUGACCUGAUCAUGGUCCGUAGAGCCCGCCGCGGGAACAACCAGCACCGACACACAGUGGAGGAUCGACAGGAGGCAUGACAGAGGAGAAAUGUCCCCAGCUGGUGGACUACUUUGUAGUGGCUGGCCUGGACCCCGCGGGGCCAUGGAGGCCCCUGGACGAGGAUGGGAAAUCCGCCGCCGCCUCCUCGACGACGUCCUCGUCUUCGUCCUCGACGGGCCGGGCGGUGGAGCCCGUGACGGACCUGGUGGUGAUCGCCCGAGGGCUCGGGGAGGACGUUCCCGAGGGCUUCACCUGCAUCGAGAAGACGCUGGGCGGACACUCGGCCGAGCUGAGCGCCGGCCUCAUCAACAACCCGCACCUGUACCUGUGUUACCGCCGAGGGCGGGACAAGCCGCCCAUCCUGGACCUGGGGGUUCUGUACGAGGGGAAGGAGCAGCUGAAGCAGGGCUGGUACGUUAUUGAAACCACGCCGUACAGCCGCUCAGCGAGCCUGAGCGCGGGCGGCGCCCCCACGGCUCAUCGGGUCUUCCUGACGUACCGCCGGGCUCUGGACUCGCAGGGCCUCCACACGCUGGGCGUCACCGACAUCGCCCUGCUGCUGCCCAGCAAGGGCGAGGUGGCGCCGCACACCUUCUGCAGAGUCGACAAGAACCUGAACACGGGCAUGUGGGGUCCAGCACUGCACGUGUGCUACAAGAGAGCCGUGGCUACAGCCAACGCCCUGGUGUUCGAGGCCGAUCUGAUCAGCCGGUACCCGGAGGAGGACCUGGACUUGUUUCCUCUGCCCGAGUCGGUGCCGGUCUUCUGCCUGCCGAUGGGCGUCACCGUGGAGAGCUGGCCUCAGAACACCAAGUACCAGCUGCCCGUCUUCUCCACCUUCGUCCUCACCUCCGCCUCCGGGGACAAGGUUUACGGCGCCGCCAUCCAGUUUUACGAGUCGUUCUGCAGAGAGCUGCUGUCGGAGCGGCAGAGCAUCCGCCUCGGUCUGCUGAGCGUCGUCGACCGGCGGCCCAUCACCAACCGCAGCCUGCAGGUGAAGAAGAGCAUCUGCGUCCUCUCUCACUGGCCCUUCUUCACCGUCUUCCAGAAGUUCCUCACCUUCGUCUACAGAUACUCCAUCUCCGGGCCCCACGUGCUGCCGAUCGAGAAACACAUCUCCAGCUUCAUGCACAACGUCCCGUUUCCUUCCCCUCAGCGUCCUCGAAUCCUCGUUCAGCUCUCACCGUACGACAACCUGCUGCUCUGCCAGCCUGUCUCCUCGCCGCUCCCGCUCAGCGGCGCGAGCUUCCUGAAGCUGCUGCAGAACCUCGGCCCAGAAAACGCCUGCACGCUGCUGCUCGCCGUCCUCACCGAACACAAGCUGCUGCUGCACUCGCUCCGACCCGACGUCCUCACCUCCGUCAGCGAGGCCCUCGUCUCCAUGACGUUCCCGCUCCGCUGGCUCUGUCCCUACAUCCCUCUGUGCCCGCUGCAGAUGGCAGACGUGUUGCUGGCACCGAUGCCCUUCAUCGUGGGCGUCCACUCCAGCUACUUCGACCUGCACGACCCCCCCACCGAUGUGGUGUGUGUCGACCUGGACGCCAACACCAUCUUCCAGUCAGAUGACAAGAAGCCACUGUCAUGGCGUUCGUUACCCAGGAAACACGGCAAGAUGCUGUUCAACGUCCUCACCAACCUCCACAAGACGCUGGAGAAGAUUUGCACUCCCGGCCAGGAGGAGGCGACGCUGGAGUUCCUGCUGACCGACUACGACCAGAUCUACAGGCGUCAGAAGCAGCUGGAGCUGGAGAUCCAGGAGGCCUUCCUGCGCUUCAUGAGCUGCCUGCUGCGAGGGUACAGAGCCUUCCUGCUGCCCAUCACGCAGGCGCCGUCCGACACCACCACCGACUGCAGCUCCCUGUUCAAUCUGCAGGGUUUCCUGAAGUCUCGGGAUCGAACGCAGCAGAAGUUUUACACCCAGCUGACCAAGACGCAGAUGUUCACCCAGUUCAUUGAGGAGUGCUCGUUCGUCAGCGACCGCCACGCCUGCCUCGAGUUCUUCGACGAGUGCGUGCAGAAGGUCAGAGCGGCGAUGCUUUCUCGCGUUGCUUGGCUAGCACGAAGCAAAGGUUUUGAUUGGUGUUCUCUGGCUGAGCAGGUGGACGUGGAGAAGCCAGAGGAGGUGAGGCUGAUCGAUCUGGACGAGACGCACAGCGGCGAGCACACCGUCUUCAUCAUGCCUCCCGAGGAACCGCAGGAACCUGAUGGGUCUGAGUGCCCCGCCCUCUACAGUUAUGAGACCUUCCCCACCCUCAAACUAGAGCUCUUCGACCAACCCCAGGACCAACUCCGCGUCCCAGCCAAGGGCAGCGCCCCCAGUAGCCCCGCCCCCCGCCGCACCAAACAGGAGAUCAAGUUGGCUCAGAAGCGGGCCCAGAAGUACUCAGCAGUGCCGGACAUGUGGUCCAAGUGUCUGCUGGGUCACUGCUACGGCCUCUGGUUCAUCUACCUGCCCACCUUCGUCCGUGCAGAGACCGCCAAGGUCCGCGCCCUGCACACAGCCUACGACGUCCUCAAACACAUGGAGAACCGCAAGGUGGUGCUGCCGGACGAGGUGUGUUACCGGAUCCUGAUGCAGCUGUGUGGUCAGUUUGGGCAGCCAGUCCUCGCCGUCCGAGUCCUGCUGGAGAUGAAGAAGGCGGGAAUCACACCGAACACCAUCACCUACGGAUACUACAACAAGGCGGUGCUGGAGAGCAAGUGGCCGUCGACCAAUCAGGGCGGGCGUCUCCGCUGGGCCAAGCUGAGGAACGUCCUGCUGGCUGUGGCCCAGUUCAGACAGCCAAUCAAACGGCGGCAGAAGAGCGGCUCCGUGGGUUCGCGAGGAGAAACGGCGGCGGAGUUUGACCGAAGGCCCCGCCCCCACUCCACUCUGAUUCGUCAGUCUAGUUGGAGCGGUCUGAGUGAAAGCUCGAGUCACGAGUCUCUGACUGGCCCGCUGGUGAAGAGCAACAGUCUGAGCAGCAUGAAGAUGGCGAGCGACAAGGUCAAACCGGGUAAGAAGUCCGUCCUCCGUGAGGCAGGGGCCAAUGGCUGCGCAGACGCCGUCUCCCGUAAACCCCCGCUGGGACGGCGGGACACCUCCACGCCGCCUCCAGCGCCCUCUGGUGGAGUUCUGGUUCAGCGGAGUCAGGUCUGCCUCUCCAGCUUCUACAAAGAGUGCGUGGAGUUGGCCGACUCGGAGCUGGACUUCAGCUGCCAGCCCGCUGAGGCAGACAGACGACCUGCGGACGCGCAGGGCUCGGCCGGCAGGAGCAAAGCUGUAGAUGAGAACUACAACAACGUCUCCUCCCCGAGCCGAGGACUGGCGGGCAAACUGCAGCAACUCCUCACGCCGACCAAACACCGAGUGUCCGUGCGACGAGCCGCCAGCGUGGGCGACCGGCGCCCGGGAGGAGGGGGAGGAGCGGGAGGAGGAGGAGGAGUGAUUGGACGAAGAGUGUCGGACCAGAGGCCGUCUAGGAAAGGUCAAGUGGCCGAAAGUCUCCUGAAAGCAAAGGAGAAGCUGGUCAACGCCACAUCAGAGAGCUCGCUGUCUGUAGGAAGCGACCUCGACUUGAUGGAUGUGCCGAGUCCCGCGUAUCCUCUACGCCGGUCCUGGGACGCCAAUCAGGAGGGGGUGGGAAUAGAGGUGUUGAUGUCCAGCUGCUCGCUUUGUCGUAGCUGCAACUCGCUGGUUUACGACGAGGAGAUCAUGGCGGGCUGGACAUCGGACGACUCCAACCUGAACUCCUCCUGUCCGUUCUGCGGCUCCUCCUUUGUUCCCUUCCUGAACGCCGAGAUCUGUGACCUUGGACCCGUCAGCAGUGCGGACCGCUGCAACUGGAACCUGGAGGACGAGGUGGAGAGUGCCGUGAGACCCCCCAGUGGUCACGAGGCGUCCCUGCGACCCCAGUGUAACGGGCUGAGCGAGGACUCCAGCUCCGAGACCAGCAGCUACUCCGAGACCAGCAGGACCACCACGGGUUCGUCAGUGGGCGGAGUUCCCCAGGUGACCGUGGCCUACCUGAGCCCUCUGGUUCUGAGGAAGGAGCUGGAGAGUCUGCUGGAGAACGAAGGCGAGGCGGUCCUGGCCCAGCCUCAGUUCCUGGACAACCACUCCAUCAUCUUCUGGAACCUGGUGUGGUACUUCCAGCGCCUCGGCCUGCCCAACAACCUGCUGCAGCUGGUCCGAGCCUCACCGCUGGUCAGCCAGUUCACACAGUCGGAGAACUCGGCAGUGAGAGUGAGACUCCUGUGGGACACCCUGACCCCCGACACAGACCAGUGGCCCCCCCUCUACGUCCUCUGGAGGAUCCACAGUGGCGUCCUGAUGAGAAGCUACAGCUGGCGGAGGCACAACCACCCGUUCACCCUGUCCUUCCUGGAGGAGGUGCUACGGUGGGUGGGCAUGAACGAGGUGCACAAGGCCGUCACGCUCUUCCUGGACACGCUGGCCAAACAGCCGGGAACCCCCAGGAUCCAGAGGAGUCUGUACAGAGAGUUCCUCUUCCUCACGCUGGCAGCUAUGGGCAAAGAUCACGUCGCGGCGUUCGAUAAGAAGUACAAGGCGGCGUACUCUCGACUCAGCGGUACUCUGGGUCGGGAGGAGCUGCGGAAGAAGCGAGCACAGCCUCCCAGCCCGAAGGCCAUCGACUGCAGACGCAGCUUCCACCCGCCUCUCGAAUGCUGAAACGGGUCCUGGUGACUUCCCGCUCGUUCAUCCCUGUGAAGGGAAAACGGCGAGCCUUCGGAUCCCCGCUGCCUUCACCUGCUCGUGUUCUUCACCUCUCUGCUGCCUCCAGGUGGAGGUCGGAGUGUCGCGCUCCUUCCUGUCCUGUCCUUCUUUUGCCUCAUCGGUGUGAAUCCAGACGCUCUACGGCUCCAUCAACGAUCCUGAAAGUAGAUCCGGCAGCAGGAGACAAAAGGAACGCACUUCUCUCAGCAGCAUUCUGAGCCGUGAUUGGUGCAGCGUCGAAGGCGAGGGCUCGUUAGAAGCUCGGGCUGGGCUGCCUGAUUUAAAGAUGCACUGCAUGGUCACGGGCGAGCCUCACGGUUUGUUUUUAAAGCGUGGUCGAGAAGGACGUUUUUUAUUAGUGUUUUUGCACGACUCAUGGUGCUGGGAGUCUUCCAGAAGAUGGUCAUCCCGUCACAAUGAAGCUGCAGUUUGAGUCUUUCCAUGUGACCACAGAGGCCAAAGUGAGGACACAGGAAAUGGCAAAAAACCCCAAACCUCUCAGAUCCUCCAGUCACCGCUGGAUUCCCUCUGUAGCUUUGUGGUGCUGGUGCACAUCAGCGAAGCCGACCCAGAGAAGUGCGACUGAAGCAGGUGACCUGACACGAGCUUCCACGGAGGCGGAGCGAAAGUCUCGGAGAGCGAGUUAGCAAACUAAGUACAACAGCGGUCACCUGUAAAACCCGACCAGCGACAAAGAUCACCGAUCAUAAAGAGUAGAAUAACCUCCCACACUCAUCCACCGCCCGCUGCCUGACCUCCACGAUGAAGCUUGAACUAUUUCCUGUUAGAAUCCAGAUGGCAGUACAGGAAGUUCCCCUCAUCAUCUCUGUUUGGACCUGGAGACUCACCUGGAGGCCCGACGCACUCAUUCGGGAAGUGCUGUGUGAUGUGAAAUCUGUAUUAUAACAAAGUGUAGAUAUUUAUGGCUCUAAUAAAGCAGAGGGUGUAAUAAACAGGUUGUGUUUCAGCGGCAGAAUGCAGAGCAGAGCUUUUUGAUGGAGCUCAGCGACUCAGCAUUAAGGCUGAAGAGGAAAGAGGAGGGAUUUAAUGCUCGAAAGCUUCGCUGGUUUCAGCUCAGAGCGUCUGGUUUGGGACGAGCGAGGUCAGAGUUAAUAAACGAUCCAAUUUACAGACAAGUUCCCCUUGAAGGCGUCGCCUUCUCCUUCCUGUCUGCCCCGCGAGCACCAGCAGCUACCCUAGACAGGUCAGGCCUGACCGAGGAAUCCGCAGAUCCAGAUGAUUAGAAUCCUGAAUCGCUCCGUCACGUCUCUGAUGGUCUUCAAGUUGUACCAGGAGCAUUUAGCCUGCAUGGGGUCUUUUAUCUUGAAAUGUGGCUUGUUUCUGACUUCCUGUUCUCCUUGUCUGCUCUGAGUAGCUUGGUGUGGUUUCUGUCAAAAAUAGCACCCCUGCUUAUUUUGAGCAGCAGGAGUCAGGAGUGUCGCAUCACUGUGGCCACAGCGUUCUGAGUAAGACACCUGACCUGAUCUGAGAGCUCAUUGGUUGUUCAGAUAAGCAGUGGGUGGAGCCUCUGCAGAUCUUUUGUUUGGUUUUUUAAAUAUUAAAAACCAAAAAACUUCACAUUUCCUUUUGAGGCCAUGAUCGCUGCACGGCUGAUGUUUUUGUUGGGUUGUGUGUGAUUGUCCUGAACCAGAUGCUCAGCGGUGCAAUGGAGCAUGCUCAGUUUGUGACCUGAUGCACAUUCAUGUCUGGUCUGUCAGCUGACCCACAAAGCUAACAGUUUGCUCUAGGGCGUCUCAGCAGCAGCAGGAAUCAAACCGGCGACUUCUCGCCCUCUGUUGAAACCUGGUGGAGGUCAUGUGGGACCUUCUGUUAUUUCCAGCUUCAUAUUUUUAGUGUCAUGGAGCGGCUUUGCAUGAUUCACAGUUCAAAAUAAUCCUCCUGUGUCAGGGCUCAGCCCCUCAAUCACCCUCUGCUUUGGCUACUGUCUCUUAAGAUGCCACCUUUCCUCUGAUUGGACAGCUUGCAGAAGCACGCGGAGGGGCAGAUGGCUGAAUAAAUGUGAGUUUCUGGUUUACGGGGGCGCACUGUAACGUGUUAUGAGACUAAAGCACGCUCACGCUGACAACUGCUUCAUCAGUGAAAUUGUACCUGCUGCAGCCGAGCGCCCCGGAGCCAGGCGUGAACUUCAAACUGUGGUUAAACUCGUUUGACAUGAUGAGUCUUUAACCAGCCAGCUGACCGCCUGUGGUUAGAGCCGGCUCAGGCGGGCGUAUUUAAACUGAUAUUGUGUUUGCUGUUGUAAUUUAUAAAUGCUCGUGAUUUCAGUUGUAAAUGUUUUUUUAAGAAAACAAAUAAAAGUGAGCAGAG